AUGGCUGUCAUCAGCGAGCAUGGCAGCGGUGGCAGCAGCAGCGGCAGCAGCAAUGAGGAGCUAAGACUCAAAGAUCAAAAUGAGAAGAAUCUGCAGAAUAUUUCUACUGUUCCGGAGUUUUUUGCGCAUAAAAAUAUUUUCGUUACUGGUGGCACUGGAUUUCUGGGUACCGUGCUGAUUGAGGAACUCCUGGACACGCAUCCCGAUAUUGGUACUAUUUAUGUUUUGGUUAGAGGCAAACGCAAGUUCGAUCCCAACGAGCGUAUCAGUCGUUUGUUGCAGAAACCGAUCUUCCAAAAAUUCAAUGAGAAAUCACUCGCUAAAGUCGUGCCCGUUGUUGGUGAGUUGAGUGAGGUGAAUUUCGGCUUUAGCGAGUCGAUACUCAACGAACUCAUCGAUAAGGUGAAUGUGAUCUAUCACAGCGCAGCCACAAUUAAAUUCAGCUCACCAUUGCGUACGGCGAUUAAGACCAAUGUGACCGGUACAAUGCGUACCAUUGAAUUGGCUAAGAAAUUGAAAAAUCUCUCCGCCUACAUCUAUCUCUCCACUGCCUUUUGUAAUAGCAAUAAUCGUGGCCUAAUUAUCGAAGAAGUGUACAAAUCAGAAUUUGAUCCAUAUGAUAUGAUGAAAAUGGCUGAAGAUGAUGCUAAAUGGGAAGAUUUCACAGAUCAGAAAUGUAAAGAAAUUAUAAAAGAUCAUCCGAAUACAUAUACAUUCACCAAGAAUUUGUCGGAGAAUUUGUUAAUGGCCGAAAUGUCUGGACUGCCGGCGGCGAUUGUGCGGCCAUCAAUUGUUUACGGCACCUGGGAGCACCCGAUGAAGGGUUGGGUCGGCAAUGCAAACUCUGGUCAUCUCGGUUACUUAGCCGGUUUCGUUAAGGGCAUCUUUCGUACAAUGUCCGGACGUGCCGCUUCGAUAAUCGAUAUCAUACCAUGCGAUUUUGUGAUCAAUUCAUCGUUAGUCAUGGGCUGGUAUGUGGGUACACAUAAAGUGGAACAACUCGAAGUGAUACAUUGUACAUCGGGCGAAGUGAAUCCGUUGACGUUACGUGAAUUUUGUGUGAUUAUGAAUGAGAGUGUUAAACGCCAUCCACCGAAUACGUUCGUUUGGAAGCCAAGCACAAAAUUACGUAAUGGUUGGCGUUAUAAUCUCUUCUUCUUUCUAUUUCACAUACUACCUGCGCUCGCCUAUACCAUACCGGAGAAGCUGUUCGGCAUUGGUAUGCCACGGCAUACUGCCUACGAGUAUAUGCGCGUCUUCCAUAAGGGCACCAAAGCUUUCGAUUACUUUUUGGAUAAAGAUUUUCGUUAUUCAUUUAAGAAUGCCCUACGCAUUAUGGCGCUAAUGCAUCCGAGUGAUAAGAAACGUUACAACUUCGAUUCUAGUCUAUGUGAUUGGUCUGAAUUCUUUGUGCGUUGUUUGAUUGGUGUGCGGCGUUUCUAUUUUAAAGAGGCGGCAGAGACAACCGAAUGGCAUCGCAUGUAUUGGAGAGUUUUCAACGUUAUACACUACCUCGGCUUUGUUGUGCUCUUCCUCUUUAUUUUCGGCAUUUGCGCUUUGCUCUUCGGCCUCACUAUUGGUCUUGCAUUAUCGCUCGCCAUUUGGGGCUUUCUGGUCUGGUUAUAAGCGCAAAAUUUACCAAAUCCCAAAAAAAAAGCGGUAGCAAGUAAAUAAAUUAAUAAAAUAAAUUUAAUUUUAGUACUGUUACUGCAACAGUAAAUACCACUUCGCUUAUAAAAAAAAAAUAAAAAUCUAUUAUUUUAGUUAUAAAAAAAUGCAUUUCUGAGAAAGAAAAAAAUUUGUUUAGGGGAAGUUUUUUUAAAUCUUUUUUUUUCUGUUUUGAUAAGUGGCACUAAAUACACAUACACAUACAUACAUAUAUCAAACACGUGUCUUUGUGUUAUUCUCUAUAUAAUAUGAUACAUAAAUCAAUAUUUGUGGGCGUAUUUACAUACAUAUAUAAUAUUUUAGUUUUAAAUAUUUUUAGCAAUAAAUUCUGUGCAAAUUAUGACGUAAUAGUUAUCGAGUACAAGUCAUACUUAGAAGAAAAUUGAAAAAAAAUAUAAUAUAUAUGAAAAAUACUUACACACCAAAAUAUUGUAAAAACAAACAAAGCAAAUUAGUGUUAACUAAAAGCAAAAUAUUGUAUAAAAGCAUUAAAUAAAUAGAAAAAAUAACUAAUUUAACUUACUCUUGCUAUAUGUAUGUAUAUGUGAGUACAAAAGUUUAUAGUAAAACAAUUGAGUUAUUUUUAAGGCUGCAAUAUACAUACAUACAUACACACAUAUGUACUUAGACCAAAUUGAAGGAUUUUAUCAGGAAAUACGAUUACA